UCAGAUUUUCCCGCGGAAAUUUUCUCAGCGCCGUCAAACUCUGAGAGAAACUUCUGGUUAAUUUACUAAAAGAUGCUCUCGGCUAAAGCGCCAAGUUCCGCCAUUGACACUGAAAAGCAUGUUCUUUUGCUCUUCAAUCUCUUCGAAGGUACUCAAACUUUGCUCCUCUGUAGUUUCAUCAUCUUCUUCUUCUGUCAACAACUAUUACUUCUCAACGCUCUCUGGAUCUUCUGGAAAGAACCUAAUCCGCCACAUCUCCAAAGCGUUUCUCCAAGAGAACCUCCAACUCUUAGACCCUACCCUCGUCUCCAAAUUUCAACCCAACCACGUCGAGCCCAUCCUCAUUGUCCUCCAAUCCAAACCCAAUUCCGCUAUUCAAUUCUUCGAAUGGUCCAAGAACUCGCUGGGCUCUCGCCACACUUUGCAAUCAUACAGUGGCCUUGUCCAUGUCCUGCUCUCUCACCGAAUUUUCGGUCACGCUAGACAGGUGUUCGAUGAAAUGCUCGAGCGUUUUGGCAACGAUUUGGGCAUUGUUGAUGCGUUUCAUGGUGGUUUUCGGAGUUAUGGUCCGAAUUUCAGUACCGUUUAUGGGUUUUUGGUCGAGAGUUAUUGUCGACAUGGGAUGUUUGAUCAGUCGGUCAAGACAUUUAAUUGUAUGUUGAAAAUGGGAAUUCCAGUGCCGCCUUCUGUGUUGUUUGGAAUGUUGAGUUGUUUGAUUGAUUUGAAUCGUAUUGAUUUGAUUAUUGAUAUCUAUGGAGAAAUGUGUAAGGCAUUGAGAGAACAAUGUUUUCGUGUGUAUGAGUUUGUUAUUGGUGGUUUUUUAAAGAAGGGUGACAUUGAAAAGGGUUUGAAUUUUCAUCGGGUGGUCAUGGGGAGAGGCUUUGUGCAUGAUAUUAUUGCUUGUAACAAGAUUUUAAGGGGUCUUUGUAAUGAAAAGAAAGUAGGAGUUGCUUUUGAUUUCUUUGAUGUGAUACUAAUGGUUGGUCCGGAGCCAAAUGUGAUAACAUAUAGCACGUUGAUCAAUGCUUAUUGUAAAGAGGAAAGAUUGGAAGAGGCAUUUAGACUUUAUAAGCUUAUGGUAGAGAGGGGUGUUAUUCCUGAUUUAGUUAUCUAUAGUAUUUUAAUUGAUGGUCUUUUGAGGGUAGGGAAAUUGAAGGAGGGAUGCCUGCUUCUCUCGGUGGCAUUAGAUAGAGGUAUUAAGUUGGAUGUGGUGGUUUUCAGCUCCAUUAUGAAUGCAUAUGUGAGAUUUGGAGAUUUGGGGAAGGUAGUUGAGAUCUAUAGAAGAAUGGUGAAGGAGGGGAUAUCACCAAACACGGUUACUUAUAGCAUUCUUAUUAAUGGGUUGUGUCAGAAUGGUAAGAAUGUGGAGGCUUCUGGGGUGUUCGGUCAGAUGGUGAAGUGUGGCUUUGAGCCAACUGUUUUGACUUUUUCUAGUUUAAUUGAUGGAUUAUGCAAAUCGGGAAAUUUGAGAGAUGGGUUUUGUCUGUAUGAGAGUAUGAAAAAGAAUGGCUAUGAACCUGAUGCUAUUGUUUAUAGUGUGCUAAUUAAUGGUCUUUGCAAAAAAGGGCUGAUGGCUGAUGCUCUUAGGUUCUUCUUUCAGGCUAUGUAUGGGGUGUUAAAACCUAAUGUCUUUACUUUUAACACGUUGAUUGAUGGCUGGUGUAGAUUAAAAAGACUAAAGGAUGGUUUGAAGAUGUACAUGCAAAUGGAGAUGUAUAAUAUAAAACCUGAUGUAGUGACUCAUACUGUGCUCAUUAGAGGGAUUACUGAGCUAGGAAGAAUGAAUGAUGCAUUGCUUGUCUUCUUCCAAAUGUUAAAGAGGGGUUUCUCGCCGGAUGUUGUAACAUACUGCACCCUAAUUGAUGGUUUCUGCAGGCAGAAAAACACAUUUGGUGGAUUGCGGAUUUUUGAGAUGAUGCUGAGGAAUGGUGUAAUUCCCGAUAUUGCCAUAUAUAACGUCCUCAUUAAUAUGCUUUUCAAGGAAAGUCAUGCGGAAGCUGCACUGGAACUCUUUGGUAAACUUAACCAAAGAGGACCAGAACCGGAUAUUGUAACAUACAACACAAUGAUCUGUGGAUUUUGCUCUUUGAAAAAGUUGGACGAGGCAGUUCAACUUUUUGGAAAGCUGACAUGUGGAAAAACUGAACCUAAUGCCAUUACUUUUACGAUACUUAUUGAUGCUUUCUGUAAAGAAGGUAGAAUGACCGAUGCGAUGCUGAUGUUCGACAAAAUGUUGGAAAAGGGUCCAGAACCUAAUGUGGUCACAUACAGUUGCUUAAUAGAUGGCUACUUUAAAUCUCAAAACAUUAAAAGUGCCUUUGAGCUUCAUGAAGAGAUGCUUAGAAACGUCUCUCCAAAUAUUGUUAGUUACAGCGUCCUCAUUGAUGGUCUCUGCAAAAGGGGACUAGUGGAGGAAGCAUUGCGUGCAUUUUAUUGUGCUAUUAACAGGUGUUUGGUGCCUGAUAUUAUAGCAUAUGGAAUUUUAAUUCGUGGUUACUGCAAGGUUGGAAGAAUAGCUGAAGCCAUGAUGUUGUAUGAACGUAUGUUAAUAAACGGCAUCAAGCCAGAUGAUUUCAUACAGAGAACAAUUGCAGAGCAUUUUCCUCAAAACGGGCAAUCAAAUUAGUUUUGAACUCAGCCACUGGAUAUGCAGAUAAGAUCUCUUCUAUGACAGUCUCCUGUUGGUGUAACCAUGGUCACUAUUUGUUUAUCGAGUACCACCUACUUGGUAAUCGUUAUGUCUGCAUUACAAUUAUUUGCUAAGUUCCUUUUGAACCUGUUAAUAGAAAUAUAUACAAUUCCA